AUGCUGUCCAUAACGCUGGAAGAGAAACAGAUGAAAAUCAUGAGCCAAGAAAACGACCAGUUUUGCCGGUUGAAUGUCGGAUUUUCGAUGGAAAACGAAAUCCAGCCAAAAUACCAACUCGAUCCGGACAAAUUCAUAACUGCUUUUGUCUCACGAGGGCCGAAUAACCAGAUCUACUCGCUUCGGGAAACAAUCUUUAUGGCAAUCGCGCUGAACAGGACGCUUAUUUUGCCACCUUUUUUCAAGCACGAUCGGGGCGAUCCGACUUCGAAUGGGUCAAAUACGGCCGUGAGAGCUGAUUCCAGUCAUUUUGACGAAAGAUGCCCCAAGCGUGUGUCCAACUGGAUUAGAAAAAUCUUCCGCGCUCAAGUAAUUUGUCCUUUUGGCGAAAACCCUCCCCGACUUCAAGCAACCCAGGAGGCGAUGAAUCUACCAGUCAAUUUCAACACUCAAAACAUCUGCGAAGACAAAACCCAAACUGAUAAAAUUGUCCCCAAUCGGGAACAAAUCGACGAGGCGUAUGGAGAAAACCAUGAACGAGAAAAGGAUCUUGCGAUUCGAAGAGUUUUGAGGAUGAAUAGCCAGGGUAUGGUUCAAAGACUUUUCGAAAAAGAAGAGGGGACGAAAUGCGCAGGGACGGGAUUUCCCUACGAAAGUGUUCAGCUAAUGCAUCUCGUUAGACAUCCAACUGAAGAUGGGGCAAUCGCAAGAGACAUCGUACAACACACUGAACGACCAAAACACAUCAAAAGAAUCGUCGAAAGAUUCAUCCGAAAAUACGGCGGAGAAAAAGAAUCACCUCAUUUCAUGGCCGUCCACUGGCGAUACGACGAAAAAGACUGGAAAGAAGAGCAGUGCAAACGAAGACCGGAUUUUAAAAUUUGCGAAGACUUCGAGAUCAUGCGCGAUUCCGAGAAGCUUUCGGAUGAGAUCGAGGCGUACCUGUCCAGUCUUGAAGAGGAAUUCGACUUCAUUUACAUUGCCGCUCCUCCGUCUGAGAUCUCGCUGAUUGAAGGCGUCGGCAAAUCCUUCGCGCGAAAAGGACUGAUCCCGAUUGUUUCGCAAGUCGAGAUGGACCAACUAAUGAGAGAAGAAUUCGAAGAUUCCUGUGGGGAAAAAUUCGAAAGCCUCAGAUUUGAAAUAAUGUCGAUGCUCGAAAGUGAAAUUUGCGUGAACGCGCCGGUCUUUUACUAUUCGAUCAUGUCCAGUUAUUCAAUGAACAUUCAGCAAGAGAGAUUUAACCGGCCAAAAAGCGCAACUAGAUUCAAUGGUGAACUAUUUGGUGAUGCAAGAUACGCGCAAAUCCACUAG